UAAUCUGCGGAGUGACGUUAAAAUGAAUUUGUUUUACAAACUAAACAGAGAUCUGUGAUAGAAUAAUAUCUGAAUAUUUAUUAUGAUAUUGAAGUUAUACGUUGAGGUGUUGUUUAGAUUUAAACAGACCUGCUGCGUUGCUGAGUCCGGAGCCGAAUGCUGAGGAACUCCAGUCCGUUUUUAACGGUCGUUAUCGUGAGCGGAAGCGGAAGCGGAAGCGCUCGAGUGUAAACAGACUCUGAGGAAGAUUCAACUUCACACACACACAGCUGUGUUUCAGUGCCAUGGAGAGUUAUGAAGAGUUCAUCCAGAGACAUUAUAACACUCAUAACGAUGAUGAUGAAGAUGAAGAUGACCCACAGACCCCCGUCACACCUUCAUCAGUGAUCGUGUUUCAUGGAGCUCGAGUUCUUCCUCCUCUGCUGAAUGAGCAGCAGCGAGACGAGAUGAGACGACUGAGAGAAACAGCCGUGAGUCUGAUGAAGAGGAGGAGAGAGGAAGAGUCUCACAUCAGCUUCACAGACGUGAGGAUCAGUGACGCUGCGCGACACACAGACAAGAGUGAUGACAUCACAGACUGUGACAUCACCUCGUCCGCUCCUCUGACGUCAACCGCUCACGACGGCCGAUCGACCAAUCAGCUGAGAGCUUCUCCUGAGGACGAUUCGCUGGAAAACACCCAGAUCACGGUUCUGUUCGAGAAACACAAGACCCACAGACCUCAGGACGCACCGGACAAUCGCUCUCACAACCAGACGCUAAUGACGACGAUGAUGAUGUCAUCGGGCUACGUGACCAAUGACAACACGGACGUCACCGGUCACUCCGGCUGGAUGGAAGGAGGAGACAUCCGCUUAGAUACGACACGAUCAGGAAGUGACAUCAUCAGUCACGUGCCAGUAGAUGGAGCUGUUUUAGAGGAAGAGAUUAUAGCGCCGGCGGAAGAUGUUGUGGAAUCAGUAAACCCGCCGUCUGAUUCAGAUGAAGGUCCGUAUCGAAUGAGUCUUCAAAACCUGAUCAAGAAAUCCCAGGAGUACCGGCGGCGCCAGCGUCUGCUGCGCAAUCAGGCCAGAGCCGCGGAGGAGCACAACCUGUCCGAUAAAGAGAACGAGGAGCUUCCCAAACAGAUGUGGAGGACAGAGCUGAGGAAAGCCAGAGAGCAGAGGAAGGAGAAGGAAGGUGAAGAUCACAUCAACACUGACGUCACAAACGCUCUUCCUCAGUCUGUCUCCGCAGAGCUUCCUGUGACGGCCAGAUCUCUGUACGACUCCAAACAGAAGCGGCUCGGUGUUUCCAGAUCGCCCUCGGCUGUGAGAUUCACCAACAUCCCAACGCCCAAGUUCUGCUUAAGUCCUGUACGCUGCAAAAAACGCAGCAGGAUCCCCGGUCCGGAUGGAAAAGCUCUGGACAAACCGGCUCAGAUUGACCCGAUUGGUCCGUCUGAUCGCCGUGACAACGUGAUGAUGAUAUCAUCGCAGACGGAGCAGAUCGCACAGCUGGAGCUGAACCUGUUCAGCCUCAAAUCGCUGAUCUCUGACCUGGAGUCGACGCUCACGCUCUCACAGACGGGUGAAGUCGACCCCAAACGACCCUCAGGGGUCACUUUCAGCGAAACAGUCACCGCUAAAGAUUGUGGGGUCGGGGAGGAGAACGCCAGCAGUCAUUCUCCAGAUGAAGCGGGAAGCUCUGUGAUUGGUUGGUCUUAUGAUGUGGAUGUCCCGUCUGGCCUGUGGAAGCAGCUGACCCCUGAGAUGGGAGGUCACGAGGUCACGCCCCGGGUCAAACGGAGGCUCCUGAUGAACGAGGACGAGGCGUUCAGUCCUGGACGAGAGACGGGAAGCACGCUCUCCAGCACACCCAGAGUGAUGUCCUCAGGGCUGUCUGCGCAGACGCAGGAGGAUCAGGUGACGGCUCUGAUGGAGGAAGAGUGCAGACAACAGCAGGAACUACUGCAGUCUUUAGCAGAGCGCUACCAGUUUCUGCGGAGCGUGUCCUUCCCGUGUCCCGGCGCAGGCUCACGUCUGGAGGACACACUGACCUCCAUCACCGCCUCAUCUGUCUGCACACACGCUGAGCUCACAGACACACACAGCACCUCGCGGCAGUCCUGUCUCCCUCUGCUGGCCGCUGUGGCGAGGGGUUUUCUGACCCGUCGUCUUCUGCGCACUGAACGCGUGUCGCGCCUCAUCAGGACCAUCACGGACACACAGAUGUUUCUGGUGACGCUGCAGCUGCAGCCGGCGGUGAGCAGCAAACACGAGCUCAUGCUGCAGGAGCGUGUCACGCUGCAGCUGCGAGCGGCGCGGUGUGAGCUGCACCAGAUCUUCUUCAGCAUGAGCUCCUGUGAUCAGAUGCAGAUGAUCCGCUGCGACCGAGAGCUGAGCAGAGACCGCCGCCUCAAAACACACGAUAAUAAAGUGAAGGGAUCUCUCUCCGCCGCCACCAGAAAAGCUUUAGAACGCAAGAAACUCAUGUUACAGAGGAAAUCAGCUGACAGGAAGAAGUUUUCUCCGUCCAAUGAGGAGAAAUGGAACCUAGUGCCAAAGAUCUGUCGCGUGUCAAAGAAGAUGACGGCGUUACGCGGAGCGCGAUGAAUCCACACGAGGCCAAACUCUCUUCAGAUCUUUCACUGCAGUUUUUAUACGAUUGUCUUUAAACAUUUUAAUCUAGUUUUAUUUAUAUUUUUUUUAUGUACAUCUCUUGGCUUCAGCACUGCUGUUCUUGCUGGUUUUGUCUUUGCACACUUGAAUAAAUUGUGAUAAUUGUU